AUGGCAAGGGGAGCACUGCUGGCAGCCCUGGGCCUGUGGAUCCACUACCUCGCUGCUCUCUGCACAGCUACUGCCACGACACAAGCCACUGUCCCAAGAAGCACCAUAGAAACAAAGAGAGACUUUGAGGGGAUCGAGAGCAAAUUUUCUUUAAGGACAGCUGACGAACCUGAUGAUGACAUCUGCUACUUGGUCCCUGGUCAAGAAGACACCGUGGCACGCUGCAACUUCAACCAUACCAGUAAAACCUUUGUGGUGAUCCAUGGAUGGACGGUAACUGGAAUGUACGAGAGCUGGGUCCCAAAGCUGGUGGACGCUCUGUAUAAGAGAGAACCCGACUCUAAUGUUGUCGUUGUAGAUUGGCUAAGUCGUGCCCAGCAGCAUUAUCCAGUAUCUGCUGCCUACACUAAACUGGUUGGAAAGGAUGUAGCUGUAUUUAUUGACUGGAUGGAGGAACAAUUCAAUUACCCACUCGACAACCUCCAUUUGCUGGGCUAUAGUCUUGGUGCCCAUGCUGCUGGGAUUGCUGGAAGUCUGACCAAAAAGAAGAUUAACAGGAUCACUGGUUUAGAUCCAGCUGGACCUAACUUUGAAUAUGCUGAAGCAACCACGCGCCUCUCCCCGGAUGAUGCUGAUUUUGUUGAUGUCCUACACACCUACACCAGGGGGUCUCCGGAUCGCAGCAUUGGGAUACAGAAGCCCGUUGGGCAUAUUGACAUCUACCCAAAUGGAGGGGGCUUUCAGCCAGGCUGUAAUCUAGGUGAAGCGCUGCGUCUGAUUGCAGAAAAAGGCCUUGCAGAUGUGGAUCAACUGGUGAAGUGCUCUCACGAACGCUCAAUCCACCUCUUCAUCGACUCCCUCUUGUACGAAGACAAGCCAAGCCUGGCCUACCGCUGCAACACCAAGGAGACCUUUGAGAAGGGUCUGUGUCUGAGCUGCAGGAAGAACCGCUGCAACAAUCUGGGCUAUACGGUCAGCAAAGUGAGAGCCAAGAGAAACAGCAAAAUGUAUUUGAAGACUCGCUCUCAGAUGCCCUAUAAAGUCUUUCAUUACCAGGUCAAGGUCCAUUUUUUUGGAAAGGAGAAUGUGACCAAGACAAAUCAGCCGUUCCUGGUCUCUUUGUAUGGCACUGCCGAUGAGAGCAAGAACAUUGCUUUGAUACUACCUGAAAUUUCCACAAACAAGACCUACUCCUUCCUGGUUUACACCGAGGUCAGUAUUGGAGACCUCCUCAUGCUGACAUUGCAGUGGGAGAAGGAAUCCAUUUUCAGUUGGUCGGACUGGUGGACCGCCUACGCUUUUGACAUCCAGAGGGUCAGAGUGAAGGCAGGAGAAACUCAGAAAAAGAUGGUGUUCUGCUCUCGCGAUGGCAUCUCUCACCUCAAAAAAGGGAAGGAGGCUGUGGUAUUUGUGAAAUGCGCUUAUAAGCCCAACAACACAGAUACAGGAGACCAGUCAAGACCUUAA